CACCCACCCCCCAGUCACCCAGCCAGCUCUGCAAUCUGCAAGCCCACCCGCUACUGCCAUUACUCACCGCGGUAGACCACCCGCCCUCACCGCUGGCAAUCUGUCUAUCACAACACACGCAAAUUGACUGCCACACAUCACCGAUUUGACGGACCGACCGCCAGUUCCGUGUCCCAAAAAGCCAUCCUCCACCGCUGUACUUCCGCUACCGCCCAUUGACAGCGCUUCCCACCCAACCGCACAUUAUUUGGCAAAACUUCACGUCACUGUCGCCCUGUAAAAUCGCGACUGGAUCAACUUCCGAUCUUGCUUGUUGCCUGUCGCCUCUUGGAUCAAGAACGCGUUGGUGACCAGCUUCAUCGUUGUCGCGGGCGCAGAAAAAGUGCCAUUGCGACCUCAGCGCCAACUAGAUUUGUAAACCCGACCAGCUUCAUUUUGUGGGCAGCAAUUGCGUCGGCUGUCGCAUCACUUGGGCACGACCCGUGGUUGUUCCGAGACGAGAACCAAAUCCCACAAAAUUCUUCCCCCCUCUCCAAAAAGACCAGAAAUUUCAUCAUCUACAAGAAUAGAUACUGGCUGCCCGUCUCCGGGUUUGCGUGUUGACUGUGGGACGGAACUAAAAGUGCGUAGUCUGGCAAUCGAAUCGCAGCUUACCUUCCUUCCGCGCCCUCGAAUCAUUCCUCUCAGACGCCCGCAAUCCAAACAAAUCCAUUCCAGCCUGCGGCGCGUCGCAUCAGAGCUUCGGGAAAGCUGGAGCAGCGCCAGCAAGCGGCGACGACAAGUAACGACAGCAACGUCGGCCGGUGGAGAAGGCAGGGAAAAGAGCUGGAAAACAGAGCCCGCUGCGUGACGUCGAAGUCAGGCAUCCUCAUCCCGCGCCACACUCUGCUCCCCUCGAGAGCAGAAGUGACAACUCAUCAAAGCGCUAGACCCCAGCUUCUCCUGCAAAGAAGCCCAAUCUGAGGCGAACUCAGCCCGGGUGUCGACGGUUGCAGCAACAUCCCGGACCCUAUCUCGCCUCAUUUGUUGACUUGUCUUUGUCAAUAUAGUGAGUGGACCGCUGGGUUUGACUCCUUCGACACUUUCAGACCAAGUCUGCUCCUCAUCUGCUCUGCCACCGACCAAGGUCAGUAUUGGUGCUCUGCCGGCGAUCCAGUGACCGCCGUGAGCUGCGCUAGCAACUAACGCAAGGGACCAGGCUCCAACCUGCCGCUGUUAGACCCUCCUAUCAGAGUGUCGAGGCGCCGUGGUUGCAACAUUUCAAGGCACAACAGCCCCCCGAGAGCGCGUCUCAGCUAUUCGACCAUCACCUUUUGCGGCCUUGCUCGACCUCUUAACUGCCCAGCUUAGCCUCCGGAGACCUGCGUCUUUCCGUACGCGCGACAGCUGAGGCGAACCAGCAAGUCCAUCUCUGCGGGCCGAGAACCUUCUCUUUUCUCUGCAGCCCCGAAUCCAUUAUCAGCACUGAGCCAGACGUUCGACCUUUGUAGUGGAAGGCGUCCUUCGUGAUGGAAUACCCUCCUCAGUACCAGCAACACGCCCAACACCCCCAUAUGCAGGGAGGUUACCAGACAUCGCCUCAGAGUGCCGGUCCCGGUGCCCUCCAGUCGCCAUCCGGCCCUCAAUCGCAUAUGCAACAACCCCAUCCCAAUCAAGCCUCUCCCAUUCUCCCGUCCCAGACCCAGAAUCACUAUCAACCUCAGUCGGCCGGCGGUGUCCAUCAGUCCAUCGCUUAUCCGCAAUAUGGUGUUGGUACGGGGAUGACACAAGGCUAUGGCAUAUCGCCGACUCAGGCUGCGGCCAUGGCUACUGCGGCGGCAUCAGGACAAAUGCCGCCCCUACCAUCCACUGUGAGCAUGCCCCAAGCAGGACAGAUGAAUCAACAGAGACGCAUGAGCCAGCACAUCACGAGUCCUCACGGCCAAGUCUCCCAGCCUGUCCUGAACCAUAACAUGCCUCGACAGUCUGUGCCCCCGACAAUGCCUCCUCCUCAGCAACCUGUACAACCACCACAGGAAGAGAUUGUAGCGGGAAGCGCCGAGGAAUCUCCAUUGUAUGUCAAUGCGAAGCAAUUCCAUCGCAUUCUGAAACGCCGUGUUGCUCGACAGAAGCUCGAAGAGCAGCUGAGGCUCACCUCCAAGGGACGAAAGCCGUAUCUUCAUGAGUCGAGGCACAAUCACGCGAUGCGCCGACCUCGUGGUCCAGGAGGUCGGUUCUUGACUGCCGACGAGGUUGCGGCGUUGGAGAAGAAUCAAGGUGAGGGCACCGAGAACGGUACGCCCGCGACCAAGAAAGCCGACAACGUGUCCUCGGGCACUAAGAGAAAGGCCGGCCCUGCCGACAACGAAACCCCUGUCAAGAGAUCCAAACUCGCCAGCGAAAGUGCAGAAGAAGAGGAUGACGAUGAUGGUGAGGAAGACACGGGCUGAGCCUGUUGUCUUUCGACAGCCACAUUGGACAUUCUUUUCCAUCUCUUUCCUUUGUUGUGCAUAUCAAGGGGGGGCCUGCCACUUUAGCAAGCGUUGUUUCGUCUGAGGAUGGGAGAGAAGCAUCGUUCUCGGUGGGAGGUCUUUUGAAUUUCAAUGACUUGCUGGUCUCGCAGGGAUAAUCCGUUGAUCACCCUUACUUUUCCUUUGUCCACCAAUAUCAAACAUUACAGAGAGUACGGGCUCACGCCAGGACACGCCAAACUUAUCGUCACAAGCUGACGAACUUGCAUUUCCAAUCUGCCUCCAACGCGAUGGGUUGGCGGCAACACUACCGUCUUCUUGUCCACACCAACAACAACCAAAACCCGACUGCCGCGACGACCAGCCGUCUACUGCAAGAUACCCGCAUCAUCUUCGACCUAACGCCUGUCGCUUCCGAAUGCAAUUUGCUUUCCACUUUCGGUUUACCAUCCGAAACUUUCCUUUUGCUAUACAUCCAUGGACAGACUCGGGCGUCGGAAGUAAUGUACCUGGAAUCGACUUUGGAAUGACGACGAGAAGAGGUGGCGGCAGUCUUUGUGUUCCUUGCAGGACGACUCGAGUGCUUGCACCGACCACAGCUAUGCAAGGGACACAGACAGUCCUACCGGAACUCAAAGCUGGGGAUUCUAGAAACAAGGACUCACCUCACCGUGAAAAGGGACAAGGCAGAUAAGCGACACAAUAUGGGAAAUCGGAGGGUAUUUGAGCCUUUUUUGCACUGCGAAAACCGGAUGGGAGGAUACAUUGGGCAAAGGAGAACGACCGAAGUGCACGCGCACGACCAAUGGACGGCAUCAUUUUCUUUCUCUCCUUCGACCACAGGUUCGUGUUCAUCGACUGAGCAGAACCUCUUUUUCAGUAUCGACAAUCCUUUUAUUACUUCUCUCACCCAUCACCAUUGACGAUCGUUGAACGAAACCGCCUGACGAAUCUCCUUGUGCGAAUCUGUGUUUGCGUGUUUCCGAAAUGUAUUUUGAACAGAUUGCCUCUGCAUGCUUGGUUGGUGGAACUCACAGGGACGGGACUUGGGGACAAAGGAAGGUGGGAUGAGGAGCAUUACAACAGGGCUGGAACACCUGGGCUAUGAGGUGUGACGAAUGACUAGGCUGGGCUUGGUUGAGGUAGCAAAGAAUGCUGCCUGGUGCAGUGAAGGGCGUGCUGUUGGGGUACGAGGAUCGUUCUACUCCUUGUCUUCACCUUCUGCGCCAUGAUACAAUCUCUAGAGGAGGUUUGCCAUGGUAUGGAAGGAAAGAGAGAGGGCAGAAGAUGGCCUGCGUUUGAGGAUCGUGGUUGUCGAUGGCAUUGACUGUACAGAUUCAGAUUGGGCUGGAUGCUCGCGACAGUGUCUCUUUCCUUUCUAGCUGAGCUAUUGAGAAAUUGUCAAUCAUAUAUGCUUUUUAAUAACCA